GAGCACAGAGGCAGGGUUAGGGAGGAGGAGAGGAACUCUGAUGACGGAUAGAGGAGAAAACUGGCUUUAGGAAAGCAGCCACACUGCAGUUCGCCCUGAUUUACUUCUGAUUCCUGGGGACAGAUCGCAUCACCGUGUCCGUGUGCUGGAUCGAGCUGGCCGACCAGACGAGGAUGUCGCUGCACAAACCUGCCCUUAGACGAAGCGCCUCUACAUUAGAGUCGACCAAUCGUGGCAGCCCUUUAGUGAACCCGCCCACAUCCCUCAAUCUGCGCUCUUCUCUCAAUCAACAGCUGGGCCGUGACAUCACAAGGGGAGGAGUUUCUGUGGAGGCACACAAUUCUGCUGGUCUUCCAAAGAACCGCCAGAAAUAUGCCCUAACCAGCUUGCAAAAUGCUAUGGGCCUGGAUGGAAGUCCUGCCUCUGGAAGGGUUAAACCAGUUCCCACAAAAUCUGCCUCUUCCUCUUCCCUUUGUUCGUUUUCUCUCUCGUUCUCCUCGUCCAACUCGAAACUGGCAAAAAAUGGCACCAAUCUCCAGUUAAAAGAGACGCAAUUUGACCUGAAUAGAAAAGACACAAACCGUAAUGACAUCACGGAUGAGUGUGGGCGUGAUUGUCCGGAAGCCUUUGCCAAAAAUGAUGAGAAAAACAUGCCCUUCAGACGAAGGACAAAAAGUUUUUUGGAAUAUCACCGUGAAGAGGAGGAGGAAGAAUCUCCUGCGAAAGAAAUCCAGACCCUGGAUGAAGAGAAACCGUGCCUGCCCAAGCUGGAGCUUCAAAACUGGGCCAAGGAGAACAGGGUGGAGGCCCAUCUCACACUCCCUCAGAAUCACCUGCUGCUUAUAGCCAAUGAAGAGGAGGAAGAGCACCAGAGCCCGGCCCACACUCACCUGAGUCCCGCCCCUACUCCGGUAAAGUGUGUGAAAGAGGAUAGAGGCAAAGAUGGUGGGAAGGUUUUGCCAAAACCACAUUUCACAGGAGAAAGAAGAGAGACUCCACCCUCUUCCUUGCCAAUAGCUCGGUCUCUGGUCCCACCGAAUUCUUUGCCCAUGGCCCCACUCAUUGUGGCACACCCAAAAGACAAACAGAUGGAGGAGGAAGAGGAAGAAGAGGAUGAUGAUUCGAGCUGGACAACACUGUCUCAGGAGAGUCCAUCUGUAGAGACACCACAGGAGACAGGGGCAUGCAGUGACUCAGCGCUGCCCCCUGUGUGGCAGAAGGAAGAUGAUGCGGCGUCUGAUGUCUAUCUCUGGCACAACAGCACGCAACAGGACCGACCCGUAACCGAUAGCAAACAGAACCAAGAGGGUGGUGCAAGCUCGCUGUGUGUACCCUCAGCUAAGACACAGUGUGAGAGGCCGAGUAGUAUUGUUUCAGACAGCUCUGUGGAGCCUGUGCCUUCGUCUGCUGCCUCGUCGCCGUCUUCAUCCUCACUCUACGAAGCAACCACAGGAAGCUUCCUCAAUAACAACUACCUGGACCCGAAGGAGACCGCCGCCCCUCCCGACCCCAGACAGAGUGCAAGCGGGAUAGGAGAUGAACGGCGAGAGCUGGACUGUGCUGGGGCUCGCUGCAUGCCGUACAGCUACGUCAACCUGAGAUACACCAGAGCUAAAGUUCCAGCUCCUCCUGCUGAUACAGUGAUCCCCAUCAAUGACUUCGAGACACACGUGUAUCGGGUGCGCUCUCUCGGCUGGAUGGAAGUGUGCGAGUCCGACAUGGUGUCCGGCAGCAUCGUGAUCAGCGACUGCAUCAGACUCCUUCAGCACUCGAAAACACACGCUCCAUACAGGAGAGAAAGAGAGAGCGCAGGGGAAAUGGAGGAGGGAAAAGCAAUGCUGUUAAUGCUGCAGGACGCCACUCUGACCCUGAUCGACCCUGUAGAUCACACCCUUCUCCACUCUCAGCCAAUCGGCAGCAUCCGCAUCUGGGGAGUUGGGCGGGGCCACAGCAGGGAUUUCGCGUACGUGGCUCGGGAUAAAAACACACAUGUGCUGAAAUGUCACGUGUUCCAGUGUGACAGUUCUGCCGAAGCCAUCGCUGCCAGCCUGAAUCAGAUCUGCUCCGGGAUUAUGGCGGAGAAGAAGAACGGGAAAACGGCGAGCGGCUCGUCCCUGUCCAGUACCGACGUCCCGCUACAAGUAGACUUUCCCACACCAAAGACCGAACUACAACAGAGCUUUCGUGUUCUUUACCUGGGAAUGACCUCUGUGUCCCGUCCCAUAGGGAUGGACAUUAUAAAUGGAGCGAUUGAUAGCUUGGUGUCAUCCACGGGGAAGGAUGAUUGGACCGCAGUGCUGCUGAAUGUGGAAGAGGCGACAGUCAGCGUUAUCAAAGAGAAGGAGGAGGAGGAGGAAGUUCUGGUGGAGUGCCGUGUGCGUUUCCUGUCGUUUAUGGGCGUCGGGCGUGACGUGCACACGUUCGCCUUCAUCAUGGACUCGGGCAACCAGCACUUUCAGUGUCACGUGUUCUGGUGUGAGCCCAAUGCUGGGAGUGUGUCCGAAGCCAUGCAGUCUGCCUGCAUGCUACGCUAUCAGAAAUGCCUGGUCUCUCAGAAGUCCUCCACCUGUUCUUCUCCGUCGUCUUCGGACUCGGUGACACGCCGUGUGACCACCAGCGUGAAGCGCGGCGUCCAGUCCAUCAUAGACACUCUGAAAAAGAAACCCGCCCCUGAGCUGCCCCACCAAUGACGCCGUUGCUCGGCCUACGACCACCGACAGGACGCGUAAAUAAAAACAAACGUAUAACUCUGUACAGCCAAGGAGAAACAAAAAAAUACAGGAAGUAAGAAGGAAGAGAUGACCUUAGGGGUGAAGCUUCAUUCGUUGAUUUUUGGACUCCAUGAAGCAUGCCUUGGACAAACCACACAAUUACACUCAAGCCACAGACAGACACACAGUGUGAGCUGCGCGUUGCUCCGUUACCAUCAUGUUGAUGUCGGUGAAGAAACUUUUUUUUUUUUUCGUGUCUGAUGUCAUGAUAAUGUUAAAAUUCACGCCUGUUCUGGACGUCUGGGCCUGUGAGCCUUGGUUCGAGACUUUGCCGUGACUUACGGUCAGUGAGAUGAAAUGAAACGUCGAGGCGGCCAGGUUCGGUUGGGAAACCGAUUGCACAUGGGUAAAAUAACGUAUGUCCAGGGGUGUCAGACCACCUCUACUCCCAAAAUCUCUCCCUGGAGAACAAGCAUCAAUGUAGCACGUGAUGUAGCACAAGAUCCGUCUCGUAAACUGCACUUCUCUCAGAGCCCCCUACUGGAGAAGUAGUGUAUUGUUGCAUUUCCUGAGCUUUGCUACAGUCCUGGUGCGAAUUACAAGAAGACAACUGGACCAACAUACACUAUAUGGACAAAGGAUUGUGGACACCUCACUAUAAGAUUUAAACUCAAUUCUUCUAUUUUCCACUAGAUCAGCCACAAUAAAGUAUGAAUAAAGUCAGCAGGAGGCCUGGAGUGUAAUCAGAAUUCCAAUUCAUCCUAAAUGUGUUCAGUAGGGUUUUAUAGCACUAGGAGGAGAUCUCAAAGUCCUACCCAUGUAAAGUAUCUUCAUUUAGCUGGUGCACAGGAGCAUUGUUAUUCUGGAACAGGUUAGGGUCUCCUAGUUCAAUUGAAUGGAAAAUGUAAUACUACUGCAUCGAAGGACGUCCUAUUCUAUAGUGUGCUUCAAACCUUUUCUGGUAACAGUUUGAGGAAGAAGCACAUAUGGCUGGAAAAGUCAGGUGUCCCAAUACUGUUGUCCAUAUAGUGUAUGGACGACACUGUUGUUGAUGUGGUUGACCAACACGUGGACGAUUUCGACAUGUAAAAGUAACAGACUUUCCUUUUAAACCCGUGUGUAACUCUUCCCUAACAACUACGCUAAGCAACAAUGGACACGUAAUCAAAUGUAAAGAAUGAUUAAUGUUACUGUGGUGAAUAUAUAGGCGUGUUCUAAGCGAAUCAUGGGUGUGGCCACGUCCAGCUGUUUUAAAAUUCCGAUAAAAAAAAAAAAAACACGUACACUCUGUUGCGUAAUUCACUCACUCUUAUUAAUUUGUUUCAAGUACGUUUUGAUCCUAUAAUAAACCCCAAGUUUCUGAAUAAAGCUUGAGCCCCAGAGGUGUGGCAAGGGGGAAAAAAAAGAAAGGCUUCUUACAGUUUAUAAGCAGAUUGUAACUCACCUGUGUCCCUGAAUCUCAGCGUAUUAAUGUCCAUGAUGUCCCUGUGCUAA